UGGCUAAAACUCCCUAAACAAUGAGUGGGUCUCUAGCAUAAAGCUUUAGUUAUAUAUUAACGUUUAGCAGUGGAACAUAUACGCGUAACAGUUUUUUCCUAACAAGUUGAGAAAAUUUUAAUUAUUUGAAAUAUUUUUUUGGAAUUCGAUUAAUUAAUUAAAGCAAAAUGUGUAAUUGUUUGUUGGAAGUUCUUAAGUGUCCUGGCAAAGUUGUAUGCUGUUGCUGUGAUUGUGCCUGUAAAAUGCUUUGCAGUUUGAUUUGUUCCGCUGUAGUUCUAUUGGUAAUUAUCGGUUUAAUUGUUUACUUCACGGUCUACUAUCACAAGGAUAGUGGCAGUACUGAGGAAGUGAAGAAAAUGACGGAAAGAGUUAUUAGAGAAGCGGCACCACAAAAUUUCCGUGAUUUCUUUAAGACUAUUAAUUAAUGUUUUUAAUUUAGUGAAAAUAAACAUUUUUUUUUUUAAUUACUUAA